AUGGCCGAGAUCGUCCCCAUUCCCGAGCCGCCAGGCCUGCCCAUCAUCGGCAACGUGGGCGACAUCGACAAAGAGUUCCCGCUCGGCUCCUUCAUGAGUCUGGCGGAAAAGUACGGCGAGGUCUACCGCCUACACCUCCCAGGACGGUCCGUCGUCUUCUGCUCAACCCACGCCCUGAUCGACGAGCUGUGCGACGAGAAGCGGUUCAAGAAGGUACCCACUGGCGUCUUGUACGAGAUUCGCAACGGCGUGCACGAUGGUCUCUUUACGGCCAUGCUCGAGGAGCCCAACUGGGGCAUCGCUCAUCGUGUUCUCAUGCCUGCCUUUGGACCCAUGAGCAUUCGCGGCAUGUUCGACGAGAUGCACGAUAUUGCGAGUCAGUUGGUCAUGAAGUGGGCGCGUCAUGGCUCCCACCAGCGUGUUCUCGUCACCGACGACUUCACUCGCCUGACCCUCGACACCCUGGCCCUGUGUGCCAUGGGCUUCCGCUUCAACAGCUACUACGCCAACGAGAUGCACCCUUUCAUCGACGCCAUGGCCAACUUCCUGACCGAGUCGGGAGCACGCAUCUCCAGGCCGCCCUUGCCGUCCUUCUUCUACCGCAAUCAAGACGCUCGGUAUUGGCAAGACAUCGAAAUCCUCCGUCAGACGGCCACGACCGUUCUCCACGAGCGGGAGGCCAACCCCUCGGACCGCAAAGAUCUCUUGGCAGCCAUGCUCGCGGGUCGGGACCCCAAGACGGGCGAGAAGAUGACGGAUGCUUCCAUCGUCGACAACCUCAUCACCUUUCUCAUUGCCGGCCACGAGACGACAUCCGGCAUGCUCUCAUUCGCCAUCUACCAACUGCUCAAGCAUCCCGACGAGUACCGCAAGGUGCAAGAAGAGGUCGAUCGCGUCAUCGGCAAGGGGCCUGUGACGGUCGACCACAUGAGCAAGCUGCCCUACAUCGAAGCCACUCUCCGCGAAACCCUGCGCCUGUGCUCGCCCAUCAACGUGAUCCAAGUCCGGCCCAUCGAGGACACGCUCCUUGCGGGAAAAUACCCCGUCAAUAAGGGCGAGGCCAUGUCCCUGCUCUUGUCCAAAGCGCACCAGGACCCCGCCGCCUUCGGAGACGAUGCGUUGGAUUUCAAGCCCGAGCGCAUGCUCGACGAGCCCUUUAGGAAGCUGCCCAAGAACGCCUGGAAGCCCUUCGGUAACGGCGUCCGCGGAUGUAUUGGCCGGCCCUUUGCAUGGCAGGAGGCCCUCAUCAUCAUGGCCUUGCUGUUCCAAAACUUCAACUUCGUCAUGGAUGAUCCCAAUUACCAGUUGAUGUACAAUCAGACCCUGACUAUCAAGCCCAAGGGCUUCUACAUACGCACGCUCCUCCGCGACGGCCUCACACCAAUCCAGCUCGAGCACCGCCUCGCGGGAACACCACUAGCAGAGAACCCAGCCGGCAAAGCGGCUCCCCAAGCCGCCAGUGCAGAUGCAGCCGGACACCCCCUGACUGUUUUGUAUGGGUCCAACAGCGGUACUUGCGAGUCCAUGGCCCAGCGCCUGGCCGCGGAUGCUUCCCAGCACGGCUUCAAGGCCACCACGAUGGAUUGCAUGGAUGCCGCCAACGGCAACCUGCCCACCGACCAGCCCGUAGUUGUCAUCACGGCCAGUUACGAGGGACAAGCCCCAGAUAAUGCGUCACACUUUGUGUCGUGGGUCGAGAAUAUCAAGGACAAAACUGCGCUCAGUGGAGUCUCGUAUGCCGUCUUUGGAUGUGGACAUCACGAUUGGGCCUCGACCUUCUACCGCAUUCCCAAGCUCGUGGACGCCAAGCUAGAGGAAGCCGGCGCCACCAGGCUGGUCAAGAUGGGCCUGUCAGAUGCCGGUGGCUUCGACAUGUUUGCCGACUUCGAGUCGUGGGAGGACGACGUGCUGUGGCCCGCCUUGAAACUGAAGUACGGGUCCCCAGAUCGGUCGAAAACAAACAGCAUGUCGGGCGUCACGUUGAAGGUGUCUGUCUCCACCCCGCGCUCCUCGACCCUGCGUCAGGACGUUAAAGAGGCGGAAAUCGUCAACACUCGGAUCCUCACAGCCGACGGAGAGCCGAUCAAGAGACAUGUCGAGAUCAAGUUGCCUACCGACCUGAGCUACCGAUCGGGAGACUAUCUUGCCGUGCUGCCCAUCAACCCCAGACCAAUCGUUCUACGCGCCAUGCGCAAGUUUGAGUUAGCAUGGGACUCUUGCCUGACCAUUGAGGGCGAGGGUACUUCACUGCCGACAGGCAUCCCAUUACCGGCCAACGAUAUUCUCUCGGCGUACGUCGAGCUAGCGCAGCCCGCAACGAAGAGAAACAUUGUAGCCCUGGCAGAAGCCACAUCCGACAAGAAGGACCAAGAAACCUUCAUGAAGCUGUCGGGCGAUUCCUACAAUGACGAAAUUGCCAGCAAGCGCGUCUCCAUCCUCGAUCUCAUCGAAAAGUACCCUUCGGUCAAACUGCCACUUGUGUCCUUCCUGGGCAUGCUCCCGCCCAUGCGGGUGCGCCAGUACUCCAUCUCCUCUUCGCCCCUGUGGAACCCCAACCACGUCACCCUGACCUUCUCGCUGCUCAACGAGCCCAGCAAGUCGGGCCUCGGCGUUCACAUGGGCGUUGCCACCUCGUACCUCAACAGCCUCGAAGUCGGCAACAAGCUACACGUCUCGGUCCGCUCCUCUCACGCUGCCUUCCAUCUUCCCUCCGACUUGGAAAAUGUGCCCGUCAUUUGCAUCGCCGCCGGAACCGGCCUCGCGCCCUUCAGGGGGUUCAUCCAAGAGCGUGCUGCCAUGAUCGGUGCCGGCCGCAAGCUCGCUCCGGCUUUGUUGUACUACGGGUGCCGUGAGCCAGCGAAGGACGACCUUUACACGGAGGAACUCGCCGUCUGGGAGAAAUUGGGUGCCGUCGCCAUCAAGCGGGCGUACAGCCGCACUCCCGAGAAAUCUGACAGCAACUCGAAAUAUGUUCAGGACGCCUUGUGGGCAGACCGCGAAAACGCACUCAAGGUGUGGGAAGACGGUGCGAAGCUCUUCGUGUGCGGUUCGAGGAAGGUUGGCGAAGGCGUCAAAGACGUGGUUUUGCGCAUCAGGCGCGAGGAUGACGAGAAGGAGGGCCGCGUGGUCGAGGAGGGCAGCGUGGAGAAGUGGUGGGAGGCGUUGAGGAAUGUUCGGUAUGCCACCGAUGUAUUUGAUUAG